GCGCAAGAAGCGGCAGAGCCUAGGGAACUUUAUCGUUAUUUUUCACGUGUAAUAAUGUGAGGUUAUUUCACGUGUAACAAAGUUGUUAUUAGAUACCAAUUAUUACUGUUUUUAUUAGUCUUUGUAACUUCAUGCACUUUUAGUAAACGAAAAUGACUCGAUUUGCACGAGCAAAAGGUUCGAAAGCUUCUAAUGAAAGAGUACCUAAUGAUGCUACACCAUGGCAUGUAAUGAAGCAACAAUUAACAGAGAAUGUGGCCAAACAACAAGAACAUUCGAUAAGAAAUAAAUCUGCAAAAGAACUUUUACAAGACAAACAAAAUUUAUUUUACUGCGAUGUUGGUAAUGUUAAUAAUGACUGGGCAGAAUUUGAAGAAAGUUCUAUGACAAAAAGUAAUAAUCCAGUAAAGAAGAAAACCAAAAAAAAGCAAGAAGCAUCUGUACAUUCAAAUAUACUUCAGAUGAAUAAAAGUAUGCUUUCAGACACUGUUGAAAUUUGUAAUGAAGAUAAAACACAUGUAAAUGUUAAAGAUAAAAAGAAGUCAUCUUUAAAGAGGAAUAUCAGUGAAGUUGAUAAUUCUACAACAAACAUCAAACUUAAAAAGCGUAAAAAAGACAAGGAUCAAUCUGGCAACAUAAGUAGUACCCAAAACAAUCAUUCUAUUGAUGAAGUUAAUGUAAAAACUAAUGAAGCAGAUGCAAAUCAUAGUAAAUUAAAUAAAAUUAAAAAAAAGAAACAUAGUGAUGGAAAGUCUGUAAAUACAUCGAUAGAAAGCAGUAAUGCUUCAAAACUUGACAAAGGUAAACAAAAUGCAUCACAUGAUACAUAUAAUACAACAAAGGAGAAGGAAGAUAUGUUACCUAAACAUCAGAAGCAUAAUAUGAGAAAACAGAAGAACAAUAUUAAUACAAAUACAUCGGAAACCAAUGGAAAUACUACUAAGCUAAAGACAAAAUUUAAAAAUAACAAUAAUAAUGGAGAACGACAGAAUAAUCAAAACACUGAAACAAAUAAGCACGAAGAAAACAUCCAUGUCACCAAACAAUUUAAUAAAAAAUUUGUUAAUAAUCCAAAUAAAUUUCAUACAAAACAGUUUGAAAAUAAUAGAAUUAAUAAAAGGAAAGCUCCUAAAAUUAGGGAUGAUAAAGAGCACAAAAGAAGGAAAGCAGAUUUAGGUCCUACAAAAGUAGUUAUCAAUGGUGUUGAAAUAGAGAUUGUAAAGUUUGGUGGGUUUCCAGUUAGAAAAGAAGAUGCAGAACGAUUACAUGAACUGAAACAAAAAAUGAUCAUGAAAGGUAUUCCAAAGAAGGAAACAGAUGCAGCAAUAAAGCUAGAAAGAAGAAAAGCAGAGAAAGCAUUAGCACGUAUUAGGAAGUGUGUCUGUUUCCAUUGUAGAAAAGCAGGUCACAAUUUGUCAGAUUGUCCUGAACUUGGAAUCGAACAAGCAGGAACUGGAAUCUGUUUUAAAUGUGGAUCAACAGAACAUACUCAUUUUGAAUGUAAAGUAGCUAAGCCAACAGAAUUUAGAUAUGCUACUUGUUUCAUUUGUCGAGAGCAAGGACACAUUGCUAAACAAUGUCCUGAUAAUCCUAAAGGAGUUUAUCCUCAAGGAGGUUCUUGCAAAGUAUGUGGAGAUGUCACACAUUUAAAAAAAGAUUGCCCAGAUUUAAUUAAAGAAAAAGAAGAAAAUACCAUUACUGUAAACUCAAUUGCAAAUGGUAAUUUAGAAUCUUUAGAAGAGAAUGUGAAGAUAGUCGAGGAGAAAACUAAUAAGAAAUCUAAAAAAGUAGUGAAAUUUUAACACAAGCCUGUACGAUACACGAAACAUAUACACUUGUUUAAAGUAAAAACUUUUUUGUACAUA